UCACCUGUACAGGUAGCAGGCAGGAAGGGCUUUCCUCAUGUGAUCUACGCCCGUCUGUGGCGUUGGCCCGACCUGCACAAGAAUGAGCUGAAGCACGUGAAGUUCUGCCAGUACGCCUUCGACUUGAAGUACGACAGCGUGUGCGUCAACCCGUAUCACUACGAGAGGGUGGCGUCCCCAACAUCUACAGGUCCUCAGUCUCUGAUUAAAGAAGAGUUCAUGCAGGACUGUCUGCAGCUCGACCUGCCCCCCCAUGCAGACCUGUACGGCCAGUCCCACCCUGUCAGCAUGUAUCCCAGCAUGCCCCUGUCUCCUCCAGGAAGGAACUCCAUGACGUGCGCAGCUCCGAGCGCUGCGGGUAUCGGCGCGGCUCCAGAGGAGCCCGGGCUCCUGCAGAUCACCAUGCCUCAGAACCACGGGGGUCGGACCUCCCCACCUCUCACCCCACAGUCUGCUCACCCUGCUACGCCCACCUCCCCGCACCAGCAGAGCCCAGAUUAUAGCGGCACCCCUGUAGCUGCCAACUGGGCAGGUAAUGGCGCCGCCCCCUAUACACCCACAGGACAUCAGCACAGUGGGCGGAGCCACACGCAGCAGCCGGCACUACAUCACCACCACACCCCCAACACCCAUUUCUGGUCACAGCAUCACAGUACUCCUCCAUAUCCACAACCCGUCUCCAAUCAUCCAGGUCCAGAGUUCUGGUGCUCCAUCUCCUACUUUGAGUUGGACGUUCAGGUCGGUGAGAUGUUUAAGGUCCAGUCCAGCUGUCCUCUGGUGACGGUGGACGGCUACGUUGAUCCUUCAGGAGGAGAUAGAUUCUGUUUAGGACAGCUGAGCAACGUCCACCGAACUGCAGCUAGCCACCGUGCCAGACUCCACAUUGGUCGGGGGGUCCAGCUCGAGUGUCGGGGGGAGGGGGACGUCUGGAUGCGUUGCCUUAGCGACCACUCUGUAUUUGUUCAGAGUUAUUACCUGGACCGGGAGGCGGGCCGCACACCAGGUGACGGUGUUCAUAAGAUCUACCCCGGAGCUUACAUCAAGGUGGGUUAUGCUUCGCCCCCAGGUGUUUGCUCUGCCGCAGGUCCGGGCGUCGAUGACUUGCGGAGGCUGUGCAUUGUGAGACUGAGCUUCGUCAAAGGUUGGGGGUGUGACUACCCCAGACAGAGCAUCAAGGACACCCCCUGCUGGAUGGAGGUCCACCUGCACCGGGCCCUCCAGCUGCUGGACCAGGUGUUGCACACACUGCCGCCACGGGAGCUCCCUCUCUGACAGACUACCGAUGCUGCUGAUGACGGGCUGCAGCAUCCAUCAUCCUACGAUUAGCCCAGGCUGUGCCUCGUUCCCCUCUGCGCGGGCACCACAGCAGCUCAUUGUUUCGCAGAGAGUCUUUCAGCUAGCCCCAGGGUUUCUAUUGUAACAGCAUUCAUGGGUCAGUUCAAACAGAAAUCUGGGAUCAGGUGGAAUUUACAGUCAAAAUCAGGAAGAAGCUCAGUGCUUUGUGUGAAUUGACUCCUUAAAUGCUGAGUUCAUAUCAGCUGAAA